AUGGAAUGCACCAAGAGAAGUCUUUUCCUGGUUUUCACCAUCUCUUUUACAAUAUAUUUGAUUUCCUAUUUUUAUACUUCUCACCUUGCUGCUCGACCUAAAAGUAAUGAUCUUCACAUGGAAAGUGAAAAGAGUUUACUUAGAAAAUUAUCGACACAUUUCAAACAAAUCUCAGGGAAACAAAACGGAGAACUACCACCUGAAAAUGAGAAAUCUGGAAAUAAAGCCACACCCACACCUGAAAAUGAGAAAUCUGGGAAUAAAGCCACAUCCACUCGAACACAGCUAUUUGCAUUCAUUAUUAAUGAAGAAGAGAAGUGUAAAGCUAGAACACCUUUCUUGGUAUUGCUGAUAUCAACAACAGCAACCGAGCUGCAGCACAGAAAUGCCAUCCGGAAGAGCUGGGGCAGCGAAGCCGCGGUUCCCGGCGCGGAUGUCGUUCGGCUGUUCAUGCUGGGCAGAGACGCCAAGGGUGACAACGGGGACGUUCUGCUGAGAGAAAGUGAGCAGUAUCACGACAUCAUCCAGCAGGACUUCCUGGACACUUACAACAACUUAACUCUUAAAACUCUGAUGGGCAUGAGCUGGGUGGCCACCUACUGCAGUGGCACGAGGUUUGCAAUGAAGACAGACAGUGACGUUUUUGUCAACACGAUGCACCUGAUUGAAAAGCUCCUCAGGCCUCUCCCACCUCUAACACAGAAUUAUUUCACAGGCCAUUUAAUGACAGGGCACAGCCCUAUUCGGAAUAAAGCCAGUAAAUGGUACAUAUCAGAAGAAGAAUUCCCAGAAAACAGAUACCACCCUUUCUGUUCGGGAACUGGCUACGUCUUUUCUGGAGACCUGGCUGCAAAAAUUGUAGAUGCUUCUUUAACGAUUAAACUUAUACAUUUGGAAGAUGUUUACGUAGGGUUUUGUCUUAAUGCAAAGGGCAUAGAAAUAGCACCACCUCCUUAUUCACUGUUUAACAUACACAAGGUCCCAUUUUCUCCUUGUGUGUACAAUAAACUAAUUACAUCUCAUUACAUUGAGCCACAUGAGCACAUAAUCUAUUGGGAAACACUGCAAGAGAAGAAACACACGUGUCAGGAAAGAAAGAUCCAUCCUGGAGCAUCCUAG